UUCUACCCAGGGCACGUUGUGUAGACGAACUGCAGAGAAAUAAAUGAAUCACAGUCAUGAAGAAACUAUGAAGAAAAUCAGUGUGGUGAACCUUGAUAAACUUUUAGACAACUUCUCAGAGAUAGAAAAGAAAAUAUCAGAAAUUAAUGAGGCAAAUAACCUACUGGUUCUUCAGCUGGAAAAAUGUAACAGGUUGUUAUCAUUAAGCCAAUCAAAGGAGGAAUCAGUAAAAGAAGAAUGUACUACUCUACAGAAUGUGAUAAAGGGUCUAACACAAACCAUUGAAAACCAGUGUAACGUGAAAGAUGAAAAUGGUAGACUGAAGGGUACCAUUCACAUCUUGGAAGAGAAAUUAAAGGCUUGUGAACAGGAAUAUAAAGGUCAGAUUGAGAAACUUAUGAUAGAAAUUAAAAACAAAGAGGAAGACCACAAAUUAGAAAUAACACAGCUGAAUUGCGAUAUAAGAAAAAAAUUUGAAGUAAAAGAAGUGGAGUAUAAAGAACAGAGAGAGAAAAAAGAACUGGAAAUAUUGGAGCUAACUAGACAGCUGAAAAUUCAAAAUGAAGAGAAACAGAAUGAAAUAAUUAAACUGCAGAUAGAGUUCAAUGCUAAAUUAGCAAGAGUUCAGAAUAAAACAACAAAAGCAUUUUCAGAUGCUUCUGUCUUGCCACAAAGUAUUUAUCGAAGGAAGCUGCAGCAUCUCCAGGAGGAGAAAAACAAGGAAAUUGAAAUACUCCGAAACACCAUAAGAGAAUUAGAGCAACGUCUUAAUAAAGGCCAAGACCUGCACUUCAAACAGAGGCGAUUUUGAGUAAACGACAUGAAGUAUUUCAGUAGUACGUAAAAUGAGAAAUAGAAAGAGGAUCUUUCGAUCUGUGCACCUGAAAGUAAAAAACAAGAUAUGAAGAAAUACAGAAUAUUUUUUUAUUGAAAACGCUCUUGCCAAAUAUUCCAAAGGCAUGCAUUCUGUAUAUAUUCAGGGCUACUUUCUUGCUAAUCAGCAUUCACGAUAAAAAGAUUCAGGUUUCAUAGGAGUAAUAAUUUCCCUAUUAAACCAUCAUUAAUUAUAGUGUACACUUUCAAAGCAGUUUUCCUUUCUUGAAUAUUCUCUUCUUCAUCCAGGAAUCCUUCGAACAACUAUUUUUACUUCAACUCGGUUAAUCAAAGGUUAGGAAUGCUAAGCUACAGACAGAGAAGUUAUACAAGUUUCAGUGGUGUAUUACCUUACUAAUCAAUACAGAUUUAUCAAAUUCAGCACUGUUAUAAGCAAAGAUAAACAUUAAACCAAGAUUAAAUUUGUUCUGCCCCUCCCUCCUUUUAAUACUGAUUCUGCAUGAAAAUUUGUUAACAUGCUUCUCACUUUAGGCACGAUCUUACUGAUUUAGUAGGAUUUUACAAGGUGUAGUAGUAUUAAUGGACUCUCAUACCGUAUCUAAGGCACAAAAGUUAAGCAUAUAAAUCUGUUACUUUAAAAUAAUGCAAUUACUGCUUGUAUCUUACAUUUGAGAUAAAAAGUUACUUUGGCACAUUGCUUAGGAAUAAGCUUUUCUUGUACAUAAUUUGUAUCCCUAGGUUGGGGGGGGGGGCGGAACCCCACCUUUUGAAUAUAU